AUGCGGAACAUUGAGCAUUGUCGCGCGUCUUCCCGUACCGAAACUACAAAUCCCGGCAGGCUACGCGCUCCCUCCCUCUCUCUCCUUCCUCGCGCGAAGCAUGCUGGGACGGAGGGGCCGAGCUUCCGGUCGGGGCUGUUGUUUCCGGAAGCGGAGCGCUGCGACGGCUUCCGGGGCCUGGAGAUGGAGGGGCCCUUGGGGGGCUCGGCCGCCUCGGCCAGGGCGCUAGUGCCCGUCCAGCCCGAAGCGCGCUCCGUCGCGGUGGCCAAGGAAGCGGAGCAGGAGCCCCCGAAGAGCCGCAAGCGGGUCCUCGACGAGGACAGCUACAUCCAGAGCCUGGAGAAAAUCAUACAAAGGGAUUUUUUCCCCGAUGUUGAAAAGCUGCGUGCUCAGAAGAGCUACCUGGAGGCUGAAGAAAGUGGCGACUUGGAGAAAAUGAGGCAAAUUGCCAUCAAAUUUGGUUCUUCCUUGAAAAGAUCUUCCAAAGACACCCCUGCACCAUAUGUUACCCCGGCCACAUUUGAAACACCUGAGGUUCAUUCUGGUGACCCUUCCAUGUUGAACAAACCCAAACUCACAGUUAGCGCUCUGGAUGAGGGUGAAACGGAGGAGGAAGAGGACAGAGACGGUCUCCCCAGUCUGGACAGCUUCCUGGCAAAACACACCAGUGAGGAUAAUGCUUCAUUUGAGCAGAUCAUGGAAGUGGCCAAAGAGAAGGAGAAAGCCAGGCACGCAUGGCUGUAUGAAGCCGAAGAGGAAUUUGCCCAGCGGCAUCAGGAACAGCUGGCGCUCCCGUCCGCCGAAGAGCAGCAAGCCAUCACCAGCGGAAAAGCCGGAGUAGAGACGUGGGAGUAUAAGGCGAAGAAUUCCCUGAUGUAUUACCCACCAGGUGUCCCCGAUGAGGAGGAUGUGUUUAAAAAGCCACGAGAGGUCGUCCACCGAAACACCCACUUCCUGAAGGACCCGUUCAGCCAAGCACUAAGCAAAUCCCAGCUCCAGCAGGCAGCUGCCCUGAACGCUCAGUACAAGCAGGGGAAAGUUGGACCAGAUGGGAAGGAACUCAUCCCCCAGGAAUCUCCCAAAGUUAAUGGAUAUGGAUUUGUGGCCACACCCUCGCCUGCUCCUGGUGUGAACGACUCACCUCUGAUGACCUGGGGCGAGAUAGAAAGCACCCCCAUGCGGUUAGAAGGCUCAGACACACCAUAUGUGGACAGGACCCCUGGGCCGGCCUUCAAGAUCCUGGAGCCCGGCCGCAGAGAGAGGCUGGGGCUCAAAAUGGCGAACGAGGCCGCUGCCAAAAACCGAGCGAAGAAGCAGGAAGCUUUGAGAAGAGUCACGGAGAAUCUUGCCAGCCUGACCCCGAAAGGAUUAAGCCCUGCCAUGUCUCCAGCCCUCCAGCGCUUAGUAAACCGGACGGCCAGCAAAUACACUGACAAAGCCUUGCGGGCCAGCUACACCCCGUCCCCAGCCCACCUGGGCACCCCGGGCUACAAGACCCCAGCCGGCGGGCCACAGACCCCCACCAUCACCCCAGCUCCUAGGACGGCCUCCCAAACCCCCGUCACCCAGGACCCGGCCUCGAUCACGGACGAUCUCCUGCAGCUGCCCAAAAGGCGCAAAGCGUCGGACUUCUUCUGAGAGACGUGCUCUGCCCGCUGCCGCCGCGGGCGGAACUCUCAUGAUCCUGACAGCAGAAGCUGCUGGGAGGUUGCGGAUGACCUCUGUCACGUUAACCCUGCGUUGAUGCAGCACUUUCACAGGGACAGGCUAAGCCUGCGAUGACCUUGCUGAGCAGAAAGCUCCCGCUUUUGUUUCUUUGCGCCAGUCGUUCCCGGGGGAACGACAAAGGGGGAAAGAUUGCGGCGGAAAUAGCACCAUUUUGUAUAUAUUAUUUUUUAGAAAGGGGGACCAUGUUGGGUGCCUCCAAUCCUCUCUGUACCAGUGUGUUUGUUUAUUGAGGACUAAAUGCCUUCGAAUAAAAGUCUGAAUGCA